CCCCUGGACCUGGAGGUUAGAUCCUGCUGUGAUAUGCUGACCAUGGGGACACCCCUCAACAUCCUCUGGCUGGCUCUAGCCUGCAGCUCUGUUCAUGCUACCCUGUCAAAGUCAGAUGCCAAAAAAGCUGCCUCAAAGACGCUGCUGGAAAAGGCUCAGUUUUCAGAUAAGCCCGUCCAAGAUCGGGGUCUGGUAGUGACAGACCUCAAAGCUGAGGAUGUGGUUCUUGAGCAUCGCAGCUACUGCUCAGCGAGGGCUCAGGACAGACACUUUGCUGGAGAUGUCCUGGGCUACGUCACUCCAUGGAAUAGCCAUGGCUACGACAUCGCCAAGGUCUUCGGGAGCAAGUUCACGCAGAUCUCACCGGUCUGGCUGCAGUUGAAGAGACGCGGCCGUGAGAUGUUUGAGGUCACGGGCCUCCAUGAUGUGGACCAAGGGUGGAUGCGAGCAGUGAGGAAGCACGCCAAGGGCCUGCACAUAGUACCUCGGCUUCUUUUUGAAGACUGGACUUAUGAUGAUUUCCGGAACGUCUUGGACAGUGAGGAUGAGAUAGAAGAGCUCAGCAAGACUGUGGUCCAGGUGGCAAAGAACCAUCAUUUUGAUGGCUUCGUGGUGGAGGUCUGGAGCCAGCUGCUAAGCCAGAAGCACGCGGGCCUUAUCCACAUGCUAACCCACCUGGCCGAGGCGCUGCACCAGGCCCGGCUGCGGGCCAUCCUGGUCAUUCCACCUGCCGUCACCCCUGGGACCGACCAGUUGGGCAUGUUCACACACAAGGAGUUUGAGCAGCUGGCCCCUGUGCUGGAUGGCUUCAGCCUUAUGACCUAUGACUACUCCACGGCGCAGCAGCCUGGCCCUAAUGCACCGCUGUCCUGGGUUCGAGCCUGUGUCCAGGUCCUGGACCCCAAGUCCAACUGGCGGAGCAAGAUCCUCCUGGGGCUCAAUUUCUAUGGCAUAGACUAUGCAGCCUCCAAGGACGCCCGGGAGCCCGUCAUCGGGGCCAGGUACAUCCAGACACUGAAGGACCACAGGCCCCGGAUCACAUGGGACCACCAGGCUGCAGAGCACUUCUUCGAGUACAAGAAGAGCCGCGGCGGGAGGCAUGUCGUCUUCUACCCAACUCUGAAGUCCCUGCAGGUGCGGCUGGAGCUGGCCAGGGAGCUGGGCGUCGGGGUCUCCAUCUGGGAGCUGGGCCAGGGCCUGGACUACUUCUUUGACCUGCUGUAGACUGGGCAGCAUAGCCUCCAAGGUGGACGUGUACUUUUCUAAGCGAUGGAGUGACUGACCAGGUGCAAAAUACAGGCCUCUGUUCUGUGUGCCAUGGCA